AUGAGUGGUGCAAAGGGAUCGAAAAUCACCACCAAAGUGGUGACGCGAUCGAUGGUGACACCGAAACCAGCGGUCGUUCCCGGUCCUGGUCGAGGUGUAGGAAAAGGAAGCAUCCAGUCUUCGGCAAGUGGUGGGCGCAAAACAACGAUUGUGAGUGCGCUAACGGCUCAAGGUUCGACCGCUGCAACAUCGUCCAAAGAAGCAGAAAUCUUGAACCGCUCGGAGGUCGCGUACAUGGAACCAGUGGACUACGAGAAAGAGUUUCCAAGACACGCAGUUGAAGCUGGUCGGCUUCUUUUCGAGGCUGGUUUCAAGGACUGCAAGGAAAUCACAAAGAUUGGGCGGUUCCGGUUUAAGCUGGAUUUGGAGCGGGAGGUCGAUUACGACAAGCUGCUGAGGAUUGAUUUAGCAAAUCAAAACCUUCGUGUGUUCUUGCCAGCUAGUCGGAAGGAGACCAUUCUCUUCGUCCCGAACGUGCCGGAGAAUUUUGACGAAGGAGACAUCCUGGCCAACAUAGAAUGUCAGCAGACCGUGCUGAAGGUAGAGCGAAUUAAGCGGUUGCGGAACGGCCAGUUGAUCAACACCAACAACCUGAAGAUCACGGUGAAAGGUCAGACAGCGGCAAAGACGGUGAGAAUCUACGGAUGUGGAUUCAGGGCCGAGUUGUAUAUCUUUCCGGUUAAGCAGUGUGUCAAAUGCUGGAAGUUCGGUCACUCGGCAGCCAGGUGCAGAGGGAGUGUUCGUUGUGGUAAUUGUGGAGAGUCCCACAACGAACCGAGUGCCGAUUGCCCUAACAGUACGCGCUGCAUCAACUGCGGAAAAGAUCACAGAGCUGGAGAUCGCAGCUGUGCAAUGCGUAAGAGGAGCCACGAGAUAAACAAGGAGGUGGCGCAUCGUCGAAUUCCAUUUGCGGAAGCCGAAGGACUAUUUCCCUUGUCGGAGAACAGGUUUGCGGGUCUGGAAGAUGAGGGCGCUUUUCCAAGGCUGCAGGGAGAUUUUCAGCAGUCGGGUUCGCUGCGACCGAAAGGAAAUCGCAAUCGCGGGAUGUCGUUUGCGGGAGUCAGCUCAGCAUCCGGCGCGUCCACGCGCGGAACCGAAGGAGAAGCAGAAGAGAGGCCGUCUGGUGGAACAACAGUUCCCACUGCACCACUCCGGUCGUUCCUGGACCUCGAAAGAGUGACGGAGUUCGAGGCGUUCGUGGGACAGCUGCGGAAAAUGUUCUUUCAGCAGGUUCAACAGCGAUCCUGGCUUAGGAAGCUGAUUGCCCUCCGGGAAAAGGUGAACAGCAAGCUACAGGAAGAGGUGGGCCCACUCGAGUUGGACCGUCUGCUCAUCGAAAUCAGCACCGAACUGAACAGCAUUAGAAGAAAAGAAGGUUAUGGCGGAGUUGGAAUUCUGCUUCAGGAGGAGCUGCAGUACGAAGUGUUGGACAUCCCGGAUCUUGGCCCAGUGGAAGCGGUCGGAGUAAGGAUCACUGGCGGGUUCGAUCCUAUCAGCCUGUUUUCGGUCUACCUUCCACCAAAUUCUCGUCUCACGAAUGAAGCAAAAGAAGGAAUUGAGAACCUGUUCCGGUUGCUGGAGGUCCUUCUUGGGGAGUUGUUGGUGGGAGCGGACUUGAAUGGGCAUCACACGGACUGGAGUCCGGGUUCUCCACUCUGUGCCAGAGGAAAAUUUUUGAAAAACCGGCUGGAUGUGUCCCCGUUCGUGGUUCUCAACAACGGCUCGCCGACGACAAUUCCUAAGCCUGGCGAAAGGAGUUCCGCCAUAGACAUCACACUGGCUUCGGCGGGACUAGCCCGGAAAGCAACGUGGGAGGUGCAAGAUCAGGAGUUCGGAAGCUGCCAUUUGGCGAUCUUUGUGGUCAUUGACAGCAAUAUCCCGGUAGCGAAGCAAACAACAAAGCGAAUUAACAAGCAGAAAGUAGUCGAGAGCCUGUCAGCAAUCCAACCGCAGUUCAUCUACUCUCCGGAGGAAAUGGUGGAAAUCUUUAACGAAGCGGUAGAGGACGCGUCUUUCGUUGUAAAGAACAAAAAGGCCAACUACUUGAAAAGGUGGUGGUCGGACGAGAUUGCGGACUUGUACGAUUCGAAGAGAGAGGCCUUACGGACGUACAACGUGUUGAAGUCGAGGACAAACUACAUCCAGCUACAAAAAGCCAGAGCACUGUUUAAAAAAGCUGUCAGGAAGGCGAAACGGGAACACGUAGCUGAGCUGACGGGAAAGAUUGACGAGUCGACACCUCCCAAACAGCUAUGGAACAUCGUCAAGGGAAUAGAUACGGCGUUGGCUGAGGGCAGUAAAAAGAGGGCGAUCCUGGAGCGCUCCAAAGGAGAGGAGUUUAUGGAGCACUACUUCAGUGGAAGAUGUGGUACAGUGCAGUUGCCGAACUACGAGACAGCCCGGGACUUGGAAGGUUUCGAAAUGGCGCUCAAGGACGGCGAAGUGCUUAACGCACUGAAAAGAACAAAAAAUCACUCGGCGCCGGGAGAAAAUCAAGUCUCGUACGACAUUGUUAAGCAAUUGCCGCUAGGUCUGCAGCUCAAGUUCGCAGAAAUGCUGAGCAGAGUAUUCGCGACUGAAAACAUUCCUGAAAGGUGGCGCAUCACUGAAGUACGACCGAUUCCAAAGAAAGGAGUGAACCCCAACCUACCGAACUCGUGGAGACCCAUUGCGCUCAUGAAUAUCGAGAUAAAGCUGAUCAACAGUGUAGUGAAAGACCGACUGGCGGCGAUCGCGGAGCUAAAUGGUUUGAUCCCGGAUCUGUCUUUUGGUUUCCGGAAGAAUGUAUCAUCGGUAACCUGCGUGAACUAUGUCGUGAAUGCUGUACGAGAGGCGAAGGAGUACAACAACGAAGUCAUCGUAGCAUUUCUCGACGUGAAGAUGGCGUAUGACACCGUGAACACGACUAAGCUGCUUCAGAUCUUGGCAGGGCUGGGUAUCCCGGAAAAACUGACAUCGUGGCUCUACGAGUAUCUCAGAUGUCGCGUGUUACGACUACAAACGGAGGACGGAGUCGUAGAACAAGUAAUCUCUGAGGGCCUAUCACAAGGUUGUCCGGCAGCACCGACACUUUACAACUUCUACACGGCUGGGUUACACGAUCUCUCAAACGAAACGUGCAAGUUAGUGCAGUUUGCUGAUGAUUUCGCCGUCAUCGCAACAGGUGCCUCCCUCGAGCUGGCGGAACAACGGUUGAACGGUUUCCUCGAUGUUUUGGCAGGCCGGCUAAAAGAGCUGGACAUGGAAGUAAGCCCAUCCAAGUGCGCUGCGAUCGCCUUCACCGGAAAAAGGAUCGACCAUCUCAGAGUCAAGAUGCAGGGGCAAGCGGUUCAGAUCGUCAACACCCACAAGUAUCUGGGAUACACCUUGGACCGGACCUUGAAACACAGAAAACACAUCGAAACCGUGACCGCCAAAGCCGGAGAGAAACUUGGACUGCUCAAGUUACUAUCGAGGAAAACAAGUGGUGCGAAUCCGGCAACCUUGGUCAAGGUGGGAAAUGCGAUUGUUCGGAGCCGGAUGGAGUACGGAGCCACGAUCUACGGGAAUGCCGCCAAAUCAAAUCUGGGAAAGCUGCAGGUGUUACAAAAUUCGUACAUCAGAAUCGCCAUGGGAUAUGUACGAAGCACACCCAUCCACGUGAUGUUGGCCGAAGCUGGCCAAAUCCCGACAAGUCUUAGAAUAGAGGCUCUUACCAAGAGAGAACUGAUCCGAAGUACGUACUUCAGGACGCCGUUGCUACGCUUUAUAAGCGACACGCUAUCGAGGGAGAUUCCAAACGGAUCGUACCUGACGGAAAUGGCGGACAAGCAUGCGGAUAUCCUGUACCAACUGCACCCUUCAGACAAGGAUGUCGCACAGGAGGCAAGAAUGAGCUACUUCAGCAACUUUGACCUGGAAGACUACGUACAGCACACGCUAGGAAAAGAAACACUGAAAAAGGAGAACACAAACGAAGCAGUUUGGAGGCAGAAUUUUCAUGAAGUGGCCAAUGGAAAGUACAAAGACCACAAGCAGAUAUUCACAGAUGCUUCGAAGACGCCCGGAGGGACAGCGCUGGCGGUCUACGACUCGAGCGAGGAGGCGACCUACACGGAGAGCAUUAACGACAACUACUCAAUCAUGAACGCAGAGCUGCGGGCUAUUUGCAUCGCAGUUGAGCAUGUGAAGCAAAAACAGUACGAAAAGGCGGUCAUCUACACGGAUUCCAAGGCGGCUUGUCAGAGCCUGCUAAACCUAAAUGCACUGCGAGAGAACUUUAUCGUUUGGAACAUUUACAAGGAGAUUCAAAGCAUGCGGAGAGGCUCGCUGAGAAUCCAAUGGAUCCCCAGCCACGUCGGAAUACGAGGAAAUGAAAUUGCGGACCAAGCAGCGAAAGCGAAGUCAUACGAGAAGCAGACGGAGUUCAUUGGAAUUACACUUGGAGAUGCUAGAGUACUUUGCCAUGAAGAAAUCUGGUACAAUUGGAGGGAGGAGUACAAAAAAACAUCACAAGAAAAAGGACGCUGGCACUUCAAGAUCAUGGAGAAUCCGGGAAGGAACAUCUGGUGCAAGGAGCUGCUCCUUACAGCAGAACAAAUUCGAGUACUAAACCGAGUAAGAAGUGGACACACGAUGACUAAAGAAAGACGCGCGCUUUGGCAGCUGGAGUUGGACGAUCAGUGUGAAGUCUGUCAGGAGAAAGAAGACCUAAGUCACCUUUUGUACAUGUGCCCUGUGCUAAACAACAUACGAACCCAAUACAACGUUUUGGAGUAUAUGAAUCCCCUGGAGCAAAUCCUAACAGACGAAAGCGAGGAAGGCAUGAAGCAAGUAGUGAGGUUUAUCAAGGAGGCGAAAAUCCAGAUCUAA